AUUAAAAAUUUUGCUGAUGGAUUUGAUGGAUUAGUCAACUCGUAAAACUAGGGAUGAAAAUGAAUGUUUAGAUUUUAAUUAAUUAGAACUUAGAACCAAAAUAUAAUUUUAAAAUGAACUAUAUGCAUGAGAUUCGAAAAUAACAUCUUCUCUCAUAGUUCCUUAAAGGUUAGUUAGACAAUACUCAUCGAUAAAUUGUUAGUUUGUCACAAUAGGUCUAAAAUAAUGAGGUAUUUGUAUAACUUAUAUGUAAAUUUAUUAAUUGCUCGUUAUUAUAUUAUAUUUAUUAUUUUAAUUAUUUUAUAUUAGGUAUUACAUAAAAGGAUUUCUAGAAAAAAUUGCGAUACAAAGCCUUUUAAAUGCACUAAUUGUACACAUACAUAUUCUUCGAAAGCAGCUCUAUAAUAACACCAAAAAUAAAAACAUUCUCAAGAACAAACACCAAUUACGUAGCCCUUAGAUCAAUAGAAAGUAGUAGAAGUUUUAAGUGAAAUAUGA